UUCCUCUCCCCUCUCCCUGCACACCCAGGCUUACGCAUCCAUGAAUACCUGUAUUUCCAAGUGCUGAGCCCUGGAGACAUCCGGUACAUCUUCACUGCCACUCCAGCCAAGGAUUUUGGUGGUGUGUUUAACACAAGGUACGACCAGAUCCACCUGGUGCCAGCAGAUCCCCCCGAAGCCUGUGGAGAGCUGAAUAAUGGUGUCUUCAUCCAGGACCAGAUCGCCUUGGUGGAGAGGGGGGGUUGCUCGUUCCUGUCGAAGACCCGUGUGAUCCAGGAGCACGGCGGGCGGGCGGUGAUUAUCGCCGAUAACGCCUACGACAACGACAGCUUCUACAUCGAGAUGAUCCAGGACAGCACCAGGCGCACGGCCGACAUCCCCGCGCUCUUCCUGCUGGGCAGGGACGGGUACAUGAUCAGACGUUCCCUGGAGCAGCACGGGCUCCCCUGGGCUGUCAUCUCCAUCCCUGUCAACGUCACCAGCAUUCCCACCUACGAAAUGAUGCAGCCCCCCUGGACCUUCUGGUAGCAGCAGGAGGCUGUGGUGGUUCAAGGACUUCUUGGUGGAUCCCAGGAGCUGGCCUCAGGGAUCAGGUUUGAAAAGGAAGUCCCAACAUUCUCCAGACAUCCUACCACCCAGCCUCACCAGGUUCAGCAAUGGAGAGCUUUCUGCUGCCACCAGUGUCUGGCUGAAGACCACCACCCAUGGUGACAACCCAUGGUGAGCCUGGCACU